AUGUAUAAAAUUCACGAGUUAGGAGCCUUGGAGACGCAUUUUCACAAGCAACCCAAGCCGUCGGCGCCGGAAAUCACGGCGUUGGCCGACUCCCUGCAACUGGAAAAAGAGGUGGUGCGCGUGUGGUUCUGCAACCGGCGCCAGAAGGAGAAGCGCAUGACGCCGCCGAUCCUGACCCAAGAGGAUGCCCUGGCCCAGGGCCAGGGCAUGAUGCGCUCCGAACUGCUAUCAUCCGCGGAAGAAGAGACAUUUUGUAUGUGA